AGUACAAUUGUAUGGUAUUGCAUCAUUUUCAGAGAUGAUUUCCAUGAAGAAGUGGAAGCUCUCAAAAGUGAUAUUGGAGCUGAGCUGUUCGUGGUUGAAGCUGGUGAUGACGCAAGUUUUGACCAAGACUCACAAAUAACCUCCAAGGACAAGAUUAUUCGCAUUCCAAGAUGGAGAGGAACUGAUUCGGAAGUUUUGGGACCGAUUGCUGACGCCAUCUGCAAGAUCGCUCCAGCCGAUACUUCAAGCGCUGUUACAUGGCCAACAAGAAGAAUCAUUACUCAGUCAUCUAUGCCUGCUCGAUCUUGCAACCAAAUUGACUAUCCGGCUGAUGUCAUCAUCAUGUUAGAUUCCUCUGAAAAUUUCUCGCCAGAGGAAUUCGACAAAAUGAAGGAGAGUGUCGCCGAAUUGGUUGAUGCAGGAUUCGAUCUCUCACCAGAUGUCGCCAGAAUUGGUUUCGUGGUCUAUAGUGACAAGGUAGCCGUUCCGGUUGCGCUCGGUCAUUACGAGGACAACAUUGACUUGAUCCAGCAAAUUUCGGACACGGAAAAGAUCAACGACGGAGUGGCCAUCGCCCUUUAUGGCCUUAAUGCUGCUCGACAACAGUUCCAGCUGCACGGAAGAGAAAAUGCUACUCGUAUCGUAAUAAUGAUAACCAAUGGAAGAAAUAGGGGAAAUGCAGCACCAGCAGCGGAGGAUCUUCGAAAUAUUUACAACGUCCAAUUGUUCAUUCUUGCUGUUGCAGCUGAUGCCGAAGGACUUGCAACAUUGAAACGCAUUGCAGGAAGUGAGUAUCCUGAUCGCGUGUAUGAGGUGGCGACAGCCUUCGAACUUGAUGACCAAGCAGCAGCUAUAAGCCGACACCUUUGUGGCUACACCACUCCAGCACAUGGCAUUACUCCAACUGAAACACCAUUCCGUCGCACCACCAAGAGAGAUGUUUCGGCUGCCAGUUACACUCCAUAUCCAUGGGGUGGUCCACAUGCAAUGAAAUUCCCACCCCUCUGCAGUGACGGGAUUAAGAGACCAUAUCAAUUCAACAUCCUGGUAGACGUGACCGCUCGUUCGUCUCCUGAGGACUUCCGUCUCGCCCUGGACCACCUGUCGCAAUUCUUCCAAAAACGUUUUGCACCUGAUGACAACAUGUUGCUUUUCAAUAUCAUGACGGUGAACAGCAAGAAGGUGUUGGAUGCUCGUGCGAGUCUAAUGGUUGGCGAAGUGAGCUAUAGCCUAAACGACAUCACUCAAAAUAUAGACGACGACGAGUCAGCCUAA